UUAUGGGAAAUGUAGGACAAUGACUUAUACAUCAUGUAUGCUGUUUUCAAAAAUCAGCCACAUGUAGCUACCUCAGAAGACAACAUUCUGUCCAAACAUUUAAUACGGACAUGACUCGAUGCUUUCUUGCAUUCUAGCACACACAUGGCAGGUAGCAUGUUACAUUUCGGACGCACCCGAAGUCCAUUCAUUCCCCGCAUUAGCAACUGAUUUCCGGAAACCAGCUUUAACAUGGCCCCGCCUCCGAACUCUUUCAUCCAAUCGACAAGUAGCUCAUUUGCUUAAACCCCGCCUUCACGCCUGUCUCUCUAGCGCGAGACCAGCACGCUCGCGCACUCCCAUCUCUCCCUGUGUAAUUUUUGUAAACAUGGCUGCGAUAUUGGCUUCUGAACCCCAGCGCUCCCAAACAUAAACUAUUCAUUCAGCAGCAACGGGAGGACGGAGCAGUAAGAUGAAGUAACGGAAUGAUGCUGCAUUGGGUCGUUUUUAAAAGACAAGAAGAAUAAGAAGACGAAGAUGACCACCGACUGAUAUUUACCUUAAACAGCGACUGAGCUGAACGGCAGAAAGUUUUCUCUGUGUGAAGUUUGACAGCCACUUGGCUUGCUAGAGAGCAAACUUAGCCUAGCUAGCAAACUAUUCAAGCUAGUCUGACGUUAGACUAGAUGUUUAUUCACAUUUGGAGAUAUUUAGAUGAAUAGCGAGACCUUUGGAUGAAAUUUCGAGUCAGUUGUGUUAAUAUAAGUUUUAAGGAGAGAACUAGCUAUACCAGCUCGGUACUGAACACGGGUCUGUACAGGGACAUCACCACUGUGGGUUUCCUUUUGGGCUUUUUUUUUGUUAUUUAAAUGAGCGAAUGAAUGAAUAAUGUUACUCCUUUAUCCUGAGAGGAUGGAUUUGGUGUAAUACCGUUACAUCAUUAUCCCCAAGUAGGAACUUAGAAAGGAAAUGCAAUGGUGCUGCUACAAUCCUUCAUAAUCAUCCAUCCAACAAGUCCGUCUUGCUAAAAAUACAUCAGCUGCUCUGCUUUGGAUAUCAACAGCUCUGUGUGUCGGAAACAUGUUUUCUCCAAAAUCUCCGAAGCCGACAUUUACUUCAUAUCUUUCCCCACUUCAGACUGAUGCGAAGAAAUAUCUCCCUGUCUCCACCAAGAAACUCGAGGCCAGACUCUUACCAGGGGAGAUCGUGGUAAACGAGGCAAACUUUGUGCGGAAGUGCAUUGGGGCAGACAGCAGUCAAGAUGACCUGUGGGGAAAACUCAUCUGCACCAACUUCAAGGUGUCCUUCGUUACCCAUGAUUCCUUGCCACAACAGAGGUUCCAGUGUGUCCACCGCCUCUUGGGAGAACACGAUGUCCCGCUGACAUGUGUGGAGCAGGUCGUGACUGUAAAUGAUGCGAAGGGUAAGCAGAAGGUUCUGGGCUCCAAUAAGAAGCUAAAGUUUAAUCCCACCGAGUUAAUCCUGUACUGCAAGGAUUUCCGGAUCGUCCGCUUCCGCUUCGAUGAGGCUGGACCUGAGAGUGCCAAGAAGGUUUGCCUUGCUAUUGCACACUACUCUCACCCAGCCGACAGUCAACUACUGUUUGGGUUCGAGUACGUUGGUACGUGCUUCUACGGCUCCUCAGGUGAGAAGGUGAAUGGAGUGGACUCGGGGAAGGGUGUGCAGACAGCCAUGUUUGACUGCUCUUCUGACUGGGACAGAGAGAUCAAACGCUCCGGUGCUACAGAAUGGAGAGUGUGUGCCAUUAAUGAGGAGUAUUUGGUCUCCCCAAGUCUCCCGGAGUUCUUUGUAGUCCCGUGUUCCUUGGCAGAUCAGGACCUGAAGCAGUACGCCUGUUACUUUAAAGCUCAACGUCUCCCGUUAUGGUGCUGGAAUCAUCCCAAUGGGAGUGCCCUGGUUCGUAUGUCCAGCAUCACCGAGCCCCAGCAGCAGAGGAAGCUAGAUCAAAGGAUUUGCAGCGCAAUAAUCAAAAGCCACCCGAUGCGCAGCAACGUCCUAAAGACAGAUUUGGACAAGAGUCUGCCGAGCAUCCAGGAGAUCCAGGCUGCAUUAGUGAAGCUGCGGCAGAUCUGUGUGAUUGAGCCCUUCGAGGAGUCUGAAGAGAAGUGGCUGUCGUCCAUGGAAAGUUCACGGUGGAUGGAAUAUGUCAGGGCGUUUUUGAGGCAUGCAGUGGAGGUCAUCUUCAUGCUGGAGGGGAAGCAAUCCUCUGUCAUUCUGCAAGAAGAAGAAGACCGGGAUUUGAGCUGCGUCAUUGCGUCUCUGGUGCAGCUCAUGUGCGACCCUCAUUGCCGGAGUCUGGCAGGUUUUCAGGGCCUGGUGCAGAAGGAGUGGGUGAUGGCUGGCCAUCGCUUCCUCGACCGUUGCAAUCAUUUGAAGAAGAACGACAAGGAGGAGUCUCCCCUGUUUUUGCUGUUCCUGAACUGCGUAUGGGAGUUAAUGGAACAGUACCCAGCAGCCUUCGAGUUCACAGAGGUGUACCUCACGGUGCUGAGCGACAGCAUGUGGGUCCCUGUGUUCAGCACUUUCCUUUUCAACUGCCCACGACAAAGGGCUGAACACAGCAGGGACUUUGCCCUGAGUAAGAGUAUAUCCCUGGGACAUGACAAAGUUCUGCAGUUCCCACCUGUGUGGGACUGGUCGCAGCAGUUCAGCCUGAAAGAUCAGACUCUCUUUAACAAUCCUCUGUACGUGGGCAAGAGCACCCCCUGUGUGCACAACGGCACGGUGCGGACCUUCACACACAGGCGUAGCAAGAAAAACUACAGUUCCACACUGCGAGGUCUGCCUUCAGAGCUGAAGAAUGGCGGUCUGACUGUACUUGAUACUCUGCCACGACGUAAUUCUUUGAUGCCGCGACUCCGUACUGACGCUUCACAGGCGAACGAGAAGCAGGAGAGCCCUGCCGAACACUUCCUGCAGGACUGGAUUUCUCGGCCAGCCGACCUGCAGGGUUUGCUGCUGCCACAGCUCCUGCCUUCCCAUCUACCCCUAUGGAAGCUCUACUUCCUGCGCUGGGUGCCCGAGGCCCGCAUCCCCAACGGUGGCCCCAUCACCACCUUCCACAAGCUCUCUGUGCUGGUGGACGAGAUAGAAAUUCUACAGAAUCAGCUGAGGCAGUACACAGGAGGGGCGACUCCAGCACGCAGCCCCCAGGAUGAACCCAGCAAAAUGUACUUUAGGGCAGGAUUGUCUCCAAGCGAGUCCCCUACUCCUCCUGAGUUCCUCAGCUCCUCAUUCCCCUUCUCCCCCAUGGGCAAUCUGUGUCGCCGCAGCAUCCUGGGUACUCCCCUCAGCAAACUCCUCAACGGAGCCAGAAUCUGGCUGUCCACAGAGACGCUGGCCAAUGAGAACCUCUGAAAACCUGAAGCCUGAUUAGAGGCCUCCACGCAGCAGUUGGAUUGGUGUAGCGUCACUGUGCAUGAUUGGAAGCCUCUAGAAUGUUCUCCCGUAUUCACACUGGUCCAUUUGGCUGGUCGGUUCUUUUAAAGAGCUCUUCAGCCACAUGCCAACAUCAGAAUAAUACUGGUUAGUUGCGAUGGUGUGUAUUUGGCAAUGGACAAAGAAAAGUCAUAGCUAACACUGAAUCAUGCUGUGACGUUAAGAUAGAGAUUCUUUUAUUUCUGUGCUGGUUUGAUUUACUAAAGAUUUAGUCUGUUGUCCAGUAGGCAUGAGCCAAUAUUAGAAUUUCAUAUCACCGUAACUGCCCAGAUUGCCUGGAUUCUAAGUGCAGUUUUUGUAAUUACCAAGAAAUUACGCCUCAGUGGGAGAUGUUCCAUGGUUCUGUCUAUCCUUGAACUCUCAUCUAAUGAAUAUUGCAAUAUGGUGUAUAAAUCGGUACAUGCCUAUUGUUCAGAAUUUAUUUGCCAGUCUUUGGGUGUGGUGUUUUUUUUUUUUUUUUUUUUUUUGUUUUUUUUUUUUUGUUUUGUUUUUUUUCUUCUCCAUUUACAAAGCACCAGUAUGAAUUCGCACAUUCUUCUACAUAGUUUCACGCUUUCUGAACUGCCAGUACUGAUUAAUUUCUUGUUUUUUUGGGGGAGUUAUGGCAUUAGGAUAAAUGAUGAAAGUAGGACUGUAAGUUAAGCCUGUGGUAGAAAAAUCUUUUAACACUUUUUUUCUUUUAAAUUUUAUUUUAGUAUGUAUAGUUAUAUCGAUUUUGUAAGAGGCCUUCUGGAAAGGUCUAACCGUAGGUAGCUAUUAUUAAAAUUGUGACUUGUAUGGGUAAUGUCAGGGAUUGCCCACAAUAACCCCCAAAAUGCAGGUGACUACUGUGCACUCACAGUGAUAUCUAACACACACAGGCUGGUCCUCGUCUGUUAGAUCCCUCACCCAACAGACGCACAGAAUAGCUGCUCCGAAUGACUGACUACUGCUCCAACCAAUCAGCUGGUUGAACUGGUACAGCAGUCGAGUGCACCGUAUCCCAAUAGGCACAUAGUGAAUUAGCUUUAGAUUGGAAAGUCGAGCUUGUAAAGGUAGGUUAGGAGUUUUAUUGGGGGAGGGAGGGGGGACAGCACUUCUUACCUCUGUUUUUUUUUUUGUUUUUUUUUUUGUUUUUUUUUUAACUGGACAGUCAUCUUUUGUUUGAUCUGUAGCCUUCUAUAAAGACAUGAAUUUAUCUUAGUUGUAGAUCAGGGUUUGGGACGAGGGUGGACGAUAUGUUGAUCUAAAUAUCACAAUAAAUUGUCAUGAUAUACUUUUCUGAAAGUAUCCUAAGGAUUGUUGUCUAAUUGUGUUAUUACUCACAGUAGCAAGUAGUGUAUUGGAUAUUAAUAUAAUUUCCCCUACUUUUUCUUCCUAAAAACAAAAAUAAUUUGCAGGUUUUUUUUUUUUAAAUGAUUAUUUUAUUUAAUUCUACUAAUUUGACUGUUUUAGUGAAACAAACAUGUAUUGUAAGAAUGCCUUCAGACAUUGUGAUGUUUUUUGACAUAUGGCCCACCCUUAUAUUGUAAACAUGUAUUUGGAUGCAACUUUAUUUUUUACCUUUUGUUGUCAUAAAUAUGGUACUUUUUUCACCCAUUAAUUCCGAAUAAUAUUUUUGUGAUUAGUUUACCACUAAUGCAGUGCACUCGAAGCUGUUGACCAUAAAAAAAAUUACUUGACCUUAACACAUUUUAAGAUUUUUCACGAAACAGCGUUGAUAUUUAUUUAGAUAUGCAAAGAAGCUGAACCAGGGUUGUUUAUUCUAAUCCUGUGUGCCUUUUUGAAAUCGUGGCCUUGCUAUUCAGUGGAUGUUUUUCUUUCUGGUCCUUUCUCUCAGGCUGUAACAUGCCGGCACUGCCUCCUACAUCAGUGGCUAAACUCAACAUAAUUCCAAAGCUAUGUGUGGUCAUGUGUAGAAUUGUGUUAAGUAUAAGCUAUGAGGUGGUGUGCUGGGCUUCUGUACAUCUAAAAGGGCUCUGAUGAACUGAACUAUUCUCCGCGCUACGGGGCCCGACUCUGAGCCGCUAUGCAAGACACCAUGCUUCUGAUUUGUUUCCUUGUGAAUUAAAAAUGGGUUGACACUUCUACUUGCUAUUUGAUUGAUUUAUUUUUUCUAAUCUCAGACAUGGCACAGGCUCUUACACACUCAUACUUUUUAAAACCACUUUGAAAGAAAUAUACAGGUUGUUGGUUUACAGAGGGUUUGUUGUUGUACAUUAAAAGAAAACAUAUUUCUCGUGUUGAUGUAUGUUAGAUCAACGGCAGUUAACCUACGCUUGAGUCGGUUUAAUGUGUGGUGUUGAGUGUGUGUGGUUAUUAAACCAAAUUUCAUUGCAUAAUAAUGAACAGAAUAAAACCACCAGAUUUAAUAGCUUAAAAACAUUCAUUCAAGACAUUUAAUUUAUAACGAAGAAACUACGGAUCCACGAGUCUUAAUGUCACUACUGUGCGUCGUGUUCAGUAUGCUGUAACACCCCUGAUUUGGCUCAUCAGAUCUUUAUCCAAGCUUUCAUGAACCGGGGUGGUUUAUUAUCUACCUGGGUGAAGUUUCCCCGAAAGCAGCACUUCACUAACGUCAUUCCUAAAUGAUUUAGCAAGCGAUUAUCUCCCCGAAUUCGGUGGGGUCACUCGGGACACCGUUACAUUUCAAUUUACUGGCUGAUGUUCCAGGAAGAAAUGAAACUGUGGGGGAAGACACUUCUCUACUCUACCUCGCUGUUUUACCGAGUGUUUUUCUUGCCAAAACUCUGAGCCAAUAAAUAAUUUAAUAAGGUCAUUGAUUCUGCAUAAAAUCUUGCUGUUGUAAAGGCUUAACCUUAUUUAACCUACUACCACAUGUAACCAAUCUGGAUUUUGUCUUGUAAGUAAUGGGAGAAACCUGGAUAUUUUUGAUGACCGGACACAUGGGAUGAGAUCAGACCUCAGAUGUUUUAAAGCACGUGCUCAGUGCACGCAGCUUUGUACUGCAGUUU